AUGGGGGCCAAAAGGGUGAAGAUUGAGCUGAUAAAGAACGAGAGGAGCCGGCUGCUGACUUACAAGAAAAGGAAGGCGAGUCUGCUGAAGAAGAUCAACGAGUUCUGCAUACUCUGCGACGUCAAGGCUUGCCUUAUCAUCUUCUCCGGCAACAACGGUGCCAAAGGCGGGGAGGAGCUCGAAACAUGGGCCCCGGAGUCCUGUACCGUGGAGGACCUUAUCCAGCAGUACAGAAGCUCCGACAAGCCCAUGAAGAACUUCACCGUCACCGAUUACUUCAGAGAGAAGAAGAAAAGGCUGGAUGUCGAGCUGUCGAAGGUGAGGAAGCAGAUUUAUAAGUUGAAGUUCCCGAGCUGGGACGAAAGGCUGGACAAUUUCUCUGUGGAUCAGCUCGGAGUUGUUCUCGGUCAGCUCGAUUCGAAGCUGAAGCUUGCCGACGAGAGGAUCACGGCCUUGACAGCCGCCGAACGGGCUACUGCAGGCCUGGUUCCUCCGGUGCCGUUUAAUUUCCCUAAUCCUGUGACUCAGGAUGGGGGGUCGGUAACCGAGAGGGAGAUCGAUAAAGGGCACGCGUCAAAAUCGUUAAUUUGCUCCGAUUUCAACUCCCCUCCGCUUCCAUCAUUGUCGCAGUGGCAGAGCUCGGCUGUGGCUAAUGGCUACUCGGACAACCUGUACUCAACCAAUUCUUCGUUCUACAUUCCUGACAGGUUCAAUUACUUUGCUCCUGGAGUCGGAGAAUUCCCUCCGUACAACAAUCCCCAAUUGAUGCCAGAAUUAAGUCCGGACAAAGGAAUGAACUUUGGGAUGAUGCAGCGGUGUCAACAGAGAAAUAAUGUCUCUGUUAUGAAGCAGCCGUCGCCCAUGCCAAUGUGGCAGGAGCCUGUGAUGAACAGUAGUAAUCAUCAGGUGAUGCUGAUGCCUGUGAACGGUGGGAGUCAGUGGGUUUUCGACUCUGCUGGGAUGUUGGGAGGGAAUUCUGAUGGAGGAGGAGGGAUGGAUAUGGGGUAUAUAUCUUCUUCAGGUUUUCAGCAGAUGCAGCAUCAGUUUUCGUCUCCUGCAAUGGCUGCACAAGCAGGGUAUUCUUCUCAUCCCAUGAUGUUUCUGAACCAGUUGGACGAGAAUAAUAUUGGUGGGUUUGAAUUUGACAGGGGACACCAUAAUCUGUAG